GCGAUACUCGCGCGAGACUUUUUUGCCGAGAACUGAGAGCAAGAUCAGGCACAGGAAGCGAGGUGGUGCAACAUACGAGACCCGAAAAGUUUUUAAUUAUGGUGCUGCUGCAUGUUCUGUUCGAGCAUGCUGCAGGCUACGCGCUCCUCGCCGUCAAGGAGGUGGAGGAGAUCGGCAUGCUGCUGCCACAGGUGGAGGAGAGCAUCCUGAACAUUGGGAAGUUCCACACGGUGGUGAAGCUCGCUGCCUUUUUCCCUUUCAAGUCAGCGCAGACUGCACUGGAGAACAUCAACGCCAUCUCUGAGGGAGUUGUGCACGCAGACCUGAAGCUCUUCCUGGAGACCAACCUGCCCCCUGCUGGGAAGAAGAAGAAGUCGCUGCUGGGGGUGGGCGACGCGAAGAUCGGGGCGGCGCUGCAGGAGGAGCUGGGGUUCUCCUGUCAGACCGGGGGCGUGGUCGCUGAACUACUCAGAGGCGUGCGUCUGCACUUCCACAAUCUUGUGAAGGGGCUGACGGCCCAGGCAGCCUCCAAGGCCCAGCUGGGCCUGGGCCACAGUUACUCCAGGGCCAAGGUCAAGUUCAACGUCAACCGGGCCGACAACAUGAUCAUCCAGUCCAUCGCUCUACUGGACCAGCUGGACAAGGACAUCAACACCUUCUCCAUGAGAGUGCGUGAGUGGUAUGGGUACCACUUCCCGGAGCUGGUGAAGAUCGUGAGCGAUAACUCCAUGUACUGCCGCCUGGCGCAGCUCAUCGGGAACAGGAAGGAGCUGUCGGAGGAGAGCCUGGUGGCGCUGGAGGAGGUGGUGAUGGACAGCGCCAAGGCCCAGUCCAUCCUGGAGGCCUCCCGCAGCUCCAUGGGUAUGGACAUCUCCCCCAUCGACCUGAUAAACAUCGAGAGCUUCUCCAGCCGGGUCAUCUCGCUGAACGAGUACCGGCGGGAGCUGCAGGAGUACCUGCGCUCCAAGAUGGGCCAGGUGGCCCCCAACCUGGCCGCCCUCAUAGGGGAAGUGGUCGGGGCACGCCUCAUCUCUCACGCCGGCAGCCUAACCAACCUGGCCAAGUACCCAGCCUCCACCGUGCAGAUCCUGGGCGCGGAGAAGGCCCUGUUCAGGGCUCUGAAGACUCGGGGAAACACGCCCAAAUACGGGCUGAUCUUCCACUCCACCUUCAUCGGCCGCGCAGCCGCCAAGAACAAAGGCCGGAUCUCCCGCUACCUGGCCAACAAGUGCUCCAUCGCCUCGCGCAUCGACUGCUUCUCAGAGGUCCCCACCAGUGUUUUUGGGGACAAGCUGCGGGACCAGGUGGAGGAGCGCCUGUCCUUUUACGAGACGGGCCAGGCACCGCGCAAGAACCUGGACGUCAUGAAGGAGGCAGUGGGCCAGGCGGCAGAAGUGGCAGCGGAGAUCAAGCGAAAGCUGGAAAAGAAAGAGAAGAAGAAGAAGAAAAAGGAGAGGAAGAGGCUGGAGGCCCUGUCCACGGCCGAGGGAGAGGAGGAGAGCGAGGCGAAGCAGGCGGAGCUGAACGGAGAGGAGAACGAGGACACAGAACCUCCCGCGAAGAAGAAGAAGAAGAAGAAGCAGGAGGCUGAGGAGGAGGCGGAGAGCAUAGACCAGGAGAAUGGUGCGACCGCAGAGACAGAAACCCCCUCGAAGAAGAAGAAGAAAAAGAAGCAGCAGUUGGAGGAGGAGGAGGAAGCGACAGCGACGGUGGAGACGGUGGAGACGGUGGAGGCGGAGGAGGGGGCGGAGCCUGAGGAAAACGGACUGGAGGACCAGCCUCCGACCAAGAAGAAGAAGAAGCGAAAGAGCGAGGCGAUGGAGGCGGAGCCCACGGCUGCAGAGGAGUCCGCCUCGGCGGAGAAGAAGAAGAAGAAGAAGAAUAAAGGCGCGGAGGAGGCGGGCGAAUAGAGGGGGCGGUCCCGCACACCGGACUGUGGUUAGGCCCUCUUCGCUUCACAGCGGCUGUAUUUUCUAUCGACUGAUUUUAUUUAUUUUUUUAAAAAAGCUCCCGUGUGACACGUCCUGUAGCUGUGAGCUAAGGUGUUGCUUGUUUAUAGAAACAGUUAAUGCGGGCAGAAAUCAGAACGGUUCUGUGACUGCGGUUCGCCAACGCGCUCAAAGUGUUCCAAGUGUUAAUUGGAUUGAAAUCCCUUUCCGCCAUCAGCUGAAGCUCCUAAUUGGCUGCCAGGGGACUGUGUGGUCACAGUGUCCAUGUGAUCAGUGGUUCCUGUGUGAAUGUGCAUGUAGUCCAUGGCAGUCAGGUGCACGAAGCAUCAAUUCUUACCCAUUUCAAACACUUCAUGUUCAACUGUGAGAAAUCAGCAAUUGUGUUGUUGCUGCUCCCUGUUCUAAAACUGACGAUAUUUGUAACAGUUUUUUUCUAGGAAUCACCCACUUCUAAACUCACAACUUCUCCAAUGUUUCACAGCUACUUUGAGUCUGAAAAGAUUUUCAUGGAAACAUUUUACUUUCAGCAAAUUUCAAGGUAUGUCUAACCUGAUUUCAUGCGGAGGAGUCUGUAUAAGGAUUUCCCAAAUCGUCUUUUUCUGUAUUUUAACCCCCACCUACAUUGGUAGGGUUUUAGUAACGUUAGUAACUGAGCCUCUGAAAUGGCAGUACUGUUUUUUGCAUGUUUUGAUCGGCCAAAACUGAGCUUUUGUUAAAAGAACCUUUCACAAUAAUACCCUUGAUUGCAAUCACUUACUGGUUUAACCAAGCAGAUUUUUGGGGAAGUGGCUUCCCCACAUUGCUUAUAAUUGUAAAUUUUAUGAAUAAUAAAGAAGUUCGGCAGUAGGAGAAGUACGGGAGUUUGAUCUAUUUAGCACCGUCAGAUGUGCAUAUUUGCAUUUUCAAAAGGCUGACUAUAAAAUAUGAUUGCUGUUUACCAUAAGCCAGUCGCGCCGAUGGUCGCUGUCCUCUGUCGGCUCUUCGGAAGGCAGCAGUUUGUAAUUGCACCGUCCGUCUUGAAUUCAAAUGAAUAUUGAUGGACUAAAGUCUCAGAUGAAUGUUAAGUCUAUAAAACAAAUGGGUAGUUACUUGUGUAAUUGGGCCUGUCUCUCUAGCUUCAGCACAGACUCCAGAGUGGUUCAGUGUGUGAAGGCACUUGCUCCAAGUGCAGGCUGGGAUCUGUAGUCUUUAGAUAACAUGACUCUGGGCUACGUCAUUAGUCAACAGGAAUCCAUAGUGGGGGAACUCUAUUGGCCACAUCCCACUAGGGUAGAGAGGGAUCAAGUCAAUCAGUGCUGUGCUCAAGAUGAAGAAAUUGGUGCUAAUUUUGAUAAAUUAUUUGGUACAGUUUCCUUUUAUAGUUUAACUGGCUAAGACAAGAAAAUCUGUGGGCUGGGUUUCCAUAAGAGCUGAAUCUGCAUCUGAACCUUAAUCCAAAUAUUCUGGUAAAGCUGCAUCAGUUGCUUCAGUUUUAUUCUUCAUUAGCUGCACCACCACCGAUUCCAUCUCAGACCCUGGAGAGUACUACCAUCAGAACACCUUUUUUCCUCUGGUUGUGACAGUGGAUAAGGACACACAGUGUCGCUGAUGCAAAGCACCAUUCAGCUACUUGAGUGCCAAUAGCUCCCUCUUGUGGAGAAAAGUCAGCCUGCUAAACGUGAGUGAGUUACAAGCCAGAUCCAAGGAGUGCUUUGCAUCAACAAAAAAAAAAAGCAAGGGUCAGUUCUUUAUGGGUUCAAAGAAAUUUGCUGCACUGCGCUGACAUUUUUUUAACCAUUCCUGUAUUAUGUAGAUGCAUCCAUAGUGGUGUUUUUUUUAGGCUGCUUAAUAAAGUUUUGUAAAAAGUCUCUCGUUCAUGCCAUUAUUCUUCAAUGCAUAAAGGAAACUACUUUAAAAACUGUCAAAAAAUGUUUGUAAAAGUUCCAUCAUAUACACGUUUUCAAGAGGCAGUAAGAAGGGUUCCUGCAAGGCACAACUGUAAAUAUUUUGUUGCUACUAUUUUUGAAAACUAAAAAUAAAAAAUACUAAAUUUUCCCCA